AUGACAUCGAUGGAGAACAAAUCUAAAGUGGAUGAGUUCAUCCUCAUAGGACUAACAGAUGCCCCAGAGCUUCAGGUUCCUCUCUUCAUAAUGUUCACAUUCAUCUACCUCAUCACUCUGGUUGGGAACCUGGGGAUAGUAGCUCUGAUCUCCUGGGAUACCUGCCUCCACACCCCCAUGUACUUUUUCCUCAGUAACCUCUCUUUGAUGGAUUUUGGCUACUCUUCAACUGUUACUCCCAAGGUGAUGGCUGGGCUUUUCACAGGGGAGAAGGUCAUCUCCCAUAAUGGAUGUGCUACACAGUUGUUCUUCUUUGGAGCCUUCGGUGGCACUGAAAGUUUCCUCUUAGCCUCCAUGGCCUAUGAUCGCCAUGCAGCUGUGUGUAAGCCCCUACAUUACACCACUACCAUGACUUCAACAAUAUGUGCAUAUCUGGCCAGUGGUGCUUACAUCUGUGGCUUUCUGACCUCCUCCAUAGUCAUAGGAAACAUUUUUAGCCUUUCCUUUUGUAGAGCCAACAUAGUCCAUCACUUUUUCUGUGAUGUUCCCCCCCUCCUAAUCCUCUCUUGUUCUGAUAUUCAUCUCAUUCAGUCAGUAGUCUUUAUCGUAGGGUCAUUCACUGUCUUUUUCCCAUUUCUUGUCAUCUUUACUUCUUAUUUUUUAAUCUUCAUCACCAUCCUGAAAAUCCGUCCUGCUGAAAGCCGCCAGAAAGCCUUCUCUACCUGUGCUUCCCAUCUCACAGUAGUGUCCAUAUUUUAUGGGACAAUCUUCUUCAUGUACUUUAAACCCAGCUCAAGCCAUUCCAUGGACACAGACAAGAUAAUCUCAGUGUUCUACACCAUGGUCAUCCCUAUGUUGAACCCUCUUGUCUAUAGUCUUAGAAACAAUGAGGUCAAGAAUGCUUUUAGGAAAGCUGUGAGGGGACAGAGACUUCAAGUGGAUCAUCUUUUUUCUUAG